AUGAUUCCUAAACCAACAACAACAACAUCCUCACAACGUAGACAACUCCCAGUCUCAUUGAUUGAGAGAACAGUCGUCUUUGUUGGACCAAGCGGCAGUGGGAAAAGCGAGAUCAUUAAUGCAAUCCAUGACUACUGCGACACGGAAAAAGUAGAAUCGAGAUUAGAUCCAAAGUCGGUCACCCAAGAUGCAGUCAGGGAUGUAGGGACACUAAACUUCCCCAAUCAUAACGGAACCAACUUUGCACUGAGAAUAGUCGACACCCGUGGUCUUACUGACAGCACAUCGUCUUUUGUACAGAUGAUACCUCAAUGGAACAAGCUAGUGUCUAGAGAGUUGGCAGCCGUCCACAUUGUUGUAUUUGUACUUCCACUAGACCGUCUCUCGAUGAGCCUUCUCGAGGAACUUGCAAUGAUGACCCAAUUCCUUAUCAAUUGGGGAAUGAAGGAGGAGAAUCUAGUGGUUAUUCUAAACAAGUGCGAUUUUUUCAUAGAGUCAUUGGUGGAAAACUAUGUCCAGAAGCUUAGUCACCCUGAUGCAAAAAUUCCAGAUAUCAUUCGAAAAGCUCCUGUCCUUCGUGCAUGUUUCCUCAAUCGUCGUGUCGUCAUUCCCGAAAUGGAGGAACACAUUGAAAAGUUGAUGGUCAACUCGACAAAUCAGUUGAUCGAUAUUCUUCUCAAAUCUGAAAAGAUUGUUCCUUUCUAUCCAAAAGAAGCUAUUCUAAGACAGUCGCUUAUCGAUGCUGAUAAUGAAAAAAGAGCUGCUGAUGCCGCUGCCAAGGCUGCCGCUGCAAAGAUUGAUGAAGAGAAAUCCAAAACAUGUGUUUUACAAUGA